UUUUUGCUGAGGUAGAGCAUCAUCGCACUUGGCACGCUACCAAAGCAUACCCUCAUUACAACCUCAUCCCGACCUUAAAUCACAAACACCCCAACUUCAUAACAAAUCAUGUCCGGCAUCAAGACCAUCGCCUUCUUCGGCGCCUCGGGCGGCUGCGGCAUGGCAGCGCUGAAGCACAGUCUCGAGGCCGGCUACGUCUGCAUCGCCCUCUGCCGCAACCCAACAAAGAUGACCGACGUCCUCCCCGAAGCCCAGAACCCGAACCUGGUUGUCAAGAAGGGCAACGCCCACAGCGUCGACGACGUGGCCGCCUGCCUCGUCAACCCAACCGACCCGACCCGCCUCGUCGACGCCGUCAGCUUCAGCAUCGGCAGCCCGCUCAAUCUGGCCAAGAUGACGGUCGAGGACCCGGACGUGUGCAAGAACGGCGCCGCGGCGCUCCUCGGUGCGCUCGAGAAGCUCCGCGCCCAGGGUGUCAACGGCAAGCCGAGGCUGGCGAUUAUCUCGACGACGGGUAUCUCGGACCAUGCGCGUGACGUGCCGCUGAUGCAGGUGCCCAUGUACCACGUCCUCCUCAAGCAGCCGCACGCCGACAAGAGGGUCAUGGAGCAGAGGAUCGUGGCGAGCGAUGAGAUUUUCACCUUCAUCCGCCCCGCGUUCUUGUCUGAUGGCGCACAGCCUGAGAAGCGGAUCCGGACGGGCAUUGAAGAUCCCAAGACUGGUGUGCAGACCAAGGCUAUUGGGUACGGUAUCUCGAGGGAGGAUGUUGGACGGUGGAUCUUUGAGGAGAUUUUCAAGUCGGGUGGCCCGAACUACCUGAGGAAGGCUGUUACUAUUACCUGGUAAGGUAAAGCUAGGCGAUUGGACACAGGCGAUGAGAGAGUGUGAAGUGUGUAAAUUGGUACAGCGGGGAAUCCGGGCGUUUGUCUUUUUGCUUUGAAUACCUGAUGGACCUUGGAGUCAAGAUACCCAUGACUGCUGGGCUUCUGUAAUACCUUCAUAGAAUGUAAUCGAGAAUGAAUCCUUGAGCUACUUCUGUUCUUUUUCAUGAAGUGCCCUAGCCUUCUUCUCCUCCAGAGACUGUGGCAGUCUCAUUUUUUGUAAGACUGUGUCUCCCAGAUGAAGAUCUAAGGCCCGUAUCAAUAAACUGUCAACUAC